UGUAUUUAAUCACAAAGCCUCAUCAGCAUUACUACUUUAUUUUGCCUUCUGGUAUUUAGGAAAGGUGACUAAUUACAGAAAGACCUAGAGAAGGCUACAAGCUACUAGUAGCAGUAGAUGGUACUAAGACAGGGAAUGGGCAGGACUGCUGUGGUCAUAGCAUCAGAGAGCUAUUUUUGUUUUUUUUUAAAAAGCAAUGCAUUUUUUUUAAUGAAGAGAGAUUUUUACACUCAAGAGGAGUUGUUUCUACGACUUAUACUGCCAAGAAAGCACCCUGAAUCUCCCAUUUAGCACUAUAGCUGUGGCUGGGGAGCCAUCAGGCAUACAAAGGUUUACAACAGGAGAGGAACAGGCAGACAAAAGGUGACAGCACAUCUCAUCAUGGCAUCAGCAGCUCUACAGUUCUUUGCUUUCAUUCUAGCCUUGUUUGGCGUUUUUGGUGCAAUUACAGCCACCUUGUUGCCCAACUGGAAGGUGAACGCAGACGUAGGUUCAAACAUCAUCACAGCCAUAACUCAGAUGCAAGGACUCUGGAUGGACUGCACAUGGUACAGCACCGGGAUGUUUAGCUGCACAUUGAAAUAUUCAAUCCUCUCCCUCCCUGUUUACAUCCAGGCAGCACGGACCACCAUGGUGUUGUCUUGCAUCCUCUCCACUUUUGGAAUCUGCAUCGCCACUGUGGGGAUGAAGUGCACUCGGCUGGGAGGAGACCAGGACACCAAAAGCCACACUACAUUUGCAGCAGGAGUCUUCUUUAUCCUUGCAGGUAUAUUCAGCUUGAUACCAACAGCCUGGUACACGAGAGAAAUCAUUUCAAAUUUUCUGGACCCAACAGUCCCAGAAAGCAGUAAGCAUGAACCAGGAGGAGCAGUUUACAUUGGAUUCAUUUCAGCAGGACUUCUGCUCACUGCAGGUGCCAUCUUUGGCACUUCCUGUUUUACAAAGCAGCAAAGAGCAUGGAUUUAUCCCAACAAAAUGCAGCAACAGUUCCCAGCUGCCCAGCAAGAGAACAACACAGGCUACAACCUGAAGGAUUAUGUGUAAAUACUGUACAUUUGUCACUCAGGGCUCCUGCUCAGUUGGGGGUGUGUGUGUUUAUUGUAGUUCUGGGUUUUUAAAAAUAUCAAAGAAAGUUUUUUGUUCUUGGUGCAAGUGUCAUAAUUGCAUUCUGGUAUGGUACUGGGGAAAAUGUAAAUCACUGCAACAACCAUUAAUUUAUGUUGAUAUUGCUUUGCAACUGAAUUGUAUUAGAAAAAACAAACAAAAAGAACAGUAAAAAUGUGUACAGGUUGUUGUUUUUUAGCAUGUGAAAGGCGAUAUCUGUAAUGUGGCUUACUUAAUUUCAACACGACUCUAAUUUUAAUUAGGGUAUCCGCCAAACCUACUCUGCCUUUAUGUGAAACCCUAUGUAUUGUUUUUUAAAUUGUAGCUUUCAUUGUCAAUACCCAACUACCAUGGUAACUAAAUUUCUUCAUUUAAAAACAAACAAAGCCUCGUGUAUUUGCAUAUCAGAGGCUGAAGACACUGCUUCAGUUGUUGCCAAACCUGCCCCCUCAUCUCCUGACCACCUGCAGCAGAUUCCAUUUUUAUGUUUUUUUAAAAAAUGUCUACUUAGCAGACUGCAGUUAAUUGAAGGAUUAGACACAACUCAGGACUAAGAAAUGGGUGUAGCAGCAGCAGCCUCUGUAGCUAAAAGAGACUUGAACCCUCCAAUUUCAUCCCCCACUUUAAAAAUAUUUUUUGUCUCCUCCUUGACUUCUGUAUGUUAUACCCAAGUCACUGCAUGAUUUAACUAACCAAAAUGCAUCUGUUUAGGGCUACAGUGUGAUUUUAACCUGUACAUAAUUUGGUUUCUUUAAAUCCUUUAUUUUAUGAAAACUAUUUACUAUUGGAUCAGAGUUACUGGCAAUCUGCCACACAAAGAGUUCUUGCAGGUGAUAGCAACUCAGUUUGCAAUUACUUUGUCAGCAUGAUUCACUUGGUUAAUUUUCCUUGCUUCUCAUAACCUUCUUUUUAACAUGCUGAAAUGAUUAUUAGUCGCUGUGGGGAACCCCUCAUUUCUAUUCAGGAGGCGAGGCAGGGUUUGAAUCCUUUGAUAUAUAAGGAAAGGAAUAGAAAAGGGACGUUUGGUCCAUAACUUGAGACACAUGUGUAAAUUUGCAUACAUACAGAUAUUCUAGUGCAAAUAUAAGGAGUUCACUAAAGAAUAUGGCUUGGCCUCUUGUAAAAGAUGAGUAAGAUUAUUAGUUCCAUAUUAGUUUUAAUUUUUCUACCCAUCUUUCAAAUAAUAGCGCUGAGCUGGAGAUGUGAACAGCUCUUCAUAGAAAAGGUACAGGAAAAGGGCACCAAAAUGACCAGGGAGCUGAAGUAACUCCCAUACUAAGAAAUGUUGCAACAUUUGGGUCUUCUUAAUUUACAAAAAAGGUGAGUAAGAGGGGGACAUGCUAGAGGUGUAUAAAAUAAUGUCUGGUGUGAAGAGAGAUGUUUUCUUGCUCUUUCAUACUACUAGCUACUAGCCAGGUUCAUUGAAUAAGGCUGAAUGGUGGGAGAUUCAAGACAGGAACUGUUCACACACUGCAUAGUUAAACUGUGGAAUUCACCAUCACAAGAUGUGGUGAUGGCAACAAAGUUAGAGGGCUUUAAAAGGCGAUUAGACAAAUUCACAGAAGAUAAGGCUAUUAAUGACUACUAGCAAUAAUGGUUAUAGGCCACCUUCAGGAUAAGAGGCAGCAUGCCUCAGUGUGUCAGUUGUUUGCAAACAACAAUAGGGGAAAGUCUAUUGCCCUAGUGUCCUUUUCGUGAGCUUUACAGGGAAGUCUGGUUGGCUACGUGUGAGAAACAGAAUGUGGGACUAGACAGGCCUUUGGUUUGAUUCAGCAGGGCUCUUCUUAAUCAAAUGUGAAACAUGUUUUAAAAAUCAAUAAACUUGUUUCAUUACCCACUGUAGAUUGAUGGACAGGACAGACCAAGAAUGUACCAAAGUUAUUUGGUGAUUGCAGUGGUUCAUUCUGCUGCAUUCUGCAAUUUUAGGUCUGUAAAUAAUAAGGUGUCUACCCCGCCUCCCCCCCCCCAGCCAACAACUCUUUUAGAAUGAAUGAAUAAAUACUGUCUUAUUUUUAUUGCAAAUACCUGUGAUACCUAAACAAGUUACCCAAACAGCUCAGGUGUGUUUUGGGGCUUUUUACAGUCCAAUGUAUAUAUUUUUUCUUAAAUAAA